UGCGCUGUGUCUUUCGGACACAGUGGAUCACCGAUCCACGGAAAGAGCCAAAGAUGUCGGCUCGGUCAUGUGAUCAGCUGUGUCCAAUCACAGCUGAUCGCAUGGGACAUGUACACUGAUCAUCAGGGCACUGAUGAUCAGUGUGCCCUGAUAAUCUGUGUAGCCCCAGCAGUGCCACCUGUCAGUGUCCAUCAGUGCCAGCUCUCAGAGCUCAUCCAUGCCACCUGCCAGUGCCCAUCAGUGCCACAUCAAUGCCACAAAUCAGUACCUACCAGUGCACAUCAAUGCCACAUAUCAGUGCCCAUCUGAGCUGCCUUUCAGUGUCACCCAUCAGUGCCACCUAUCAAUGCCGAUUAGUGCUACCUAUAAGUGCCAGUCAGUG